AUGCGGCAAUUCAAUGCAACUUACUGGAAGGGCUUUGUCUUCCUUGGCUUCUCCAGCUUUGGAAACCUGCAACUUCUGCUAUUUGCCUUGUUCCUCUCACUAUAUCUUGUCACCCUGACUAGCAAUGUCUUUAUUAUUAUAAUCAUCAGGUUGGAUACUCACUUACACACCCCAAUGUACCUCUUCCUUUCAUUCUUGUCCUUCUCUGAGACCUGCUACACUUUGGGUAUCAUACCCAGGAUGCUCUUUGGCCUGGUUAUGGGGGUCCAGGCGAUCUCCUAUGUGGGUUGCGCUACACAGAUGUUCUUCUCUGCCUCGUGGGCCUGUACCAACUGCUUCCUUCUGGCUGUCAUGGGCUUUGACAGAUAUGUGGCCAUCUGUGCCCCACUGCACUAUACCAGCCGCAUGAGUCCCACACUCUGUGUUCAGCUGAUCAGUAUCUCCUUCCUAAGUGGAUACCUCUUUGGGUUGGGAAUGACACUGGUCAUUUUCUGCCUCUCCUUCUGCAGUUCCCAUGAGAUUCAACAUUUCUUUUGUGACACACCUCCUGUGUUAAGCCUGGCCUGUGGGGAUACAGAACUGAGUGAACUGGGGAUUCUUAUCCUCAGCCUGCUGGUGCUCUUGGUCUCCUUCUUCUUCAUUGUCAUCUCUUAUGCAUAUAUUCUUGUGGCAAUCCUGAAGAUUCCUUCUGCUGACGGCCGCAGGAAGGCUUUCUCUACCUGUGCCUCACACCUCACCGUGGUCAUUAUUCACUACGGCUGUGCCUCUUUCAUGUACCUGAGGCCCAAAGCUAGCUACUCGCUUGAGCGGGAUCAGCUUAUUGCUGUUACCUACACUGUGGUUACCCCUCUCUUGAACCCUAUUGUUUAUAGUCUAAGGAAUCGGGCUGUGCAGACAGCUAUAAGACAUGCAUUCCAGGGGAGUUUUCUGGGAAAAGGAUGA